AUGGCAACUAACGCUUGGUUUAGAGUAUAUCCACCAGAGCCAGACGAAAACCUAGACCAAAUGAGGACUAAUCCAGGCACAAAAAACAUGCCUAGACGAAAUUCUGCGCCUAUUACCUAUUUCUACUUGAUGUUUAGCAUCAGUCUUCUGAAGAAAAUAGUUAAAGAAACAAACAGGUAUGCUAAUCAAGUAAUACAGAAAAAGAUAAGAGAACAUACCUACCAUGCAUCAUCGCGUCUAAGGUUGUGGACAAAAUUAGGCAAAUUAACACUGGCAGAACUUAAAGGAUUUUUGGCAACGAUUUUUAAUAUGGGUAUUGUUAGGAAACCAACUAUUCCCAUGUACUGGGUAAAGAGAAGUAGUCAGCAAACAAUUUGGUUUAGGAAAAUAUUUUCUAGGAAUCGUUUCCAACUGAUACUCCGUUUUUUUCAUCUUGUUGACAACCGGAAAACACCACAGAGAAACUCCGAUCACUAUAAUCCCGCUGCAUGGUUUAAACCCAUUGUUGAUCACGCAAACAUGCAAUUCAAGAGAUAUUAUACGCCUAACAGGGAACUGUCUAUUGAUGAGUCUCUAGUCGGUACAAAGGCCAGAACUGUUAUGACACAGAACAUACCGACGAAAGCGCACAAAUUUGGCAUUAAGUUAUGGAUGCUUGUGGAAGCCACCUCAGGAUACAUAAUCCAUUUUUUACCUUACCGUGGAAAGCGGUAUGACCCCGUACCGGCUAAUGAUACCCAAGGCAGUCAUAUAGUAAAAAAAUUAAUGACAGAAGCUGAUUUAUUUCACAAGAAUUACCACGUCUUCUGUGAUAAUUUCUUUACUUCUAUUCCGCUUGUUCGACACCUGAAAACGCUUAGAACCUACUUUACGGGAACCCUCCGUGCUAACCGACAAAUGCCAGAGUCACUCCGGAACCCUCAGCUGCGGGAAAACGAGUCUUUAUUCAUUCGACAGAGAGAAAUUAUGUGCGUUGCCUAUAAAGAAAGGCAAAAUCGCACAACGGUUCGCUUUGUCACAUCCGCCGUAAAAGCAUCAACACCAGCACACGGACAUAAGCCAGUUGUAUCUACCGUUUACAGCAAAUACAUGGGUGGAUUUGACCUUAAUGAUAUGAUGAGUGGGAUAUACGACGACAAACGAAAAACGAAAACAAUGUGGAAAAGACUUGCCAUCAACAUUUUUCACCGUAUGGUGCUUAAGGCGUACAUUCUUUACACCAAAAACACCGACGGAAAAUUACUUUCGAGGUUAGAGUUCAUUCAGUCAGUUAUUGACGCACUUGCAGCUGAACAAAUUGAAAACCGACAACAUAGAGACAGAAAUGUACCAGCCGCCAACCGACCACAGAGAAUCGAGAAACUGGAAAGAGGGAAACAGAAGAAUUGUAUAGUUUGCUCGCGCUUUAACCAACGCCGUAGGGCAAGUACUAAAUGUGGAAAAUGCAACAAAGGAAUUCAUGGCAUGUGCUUCAAUCAACAUGUUUGUGAAGAAUAA